AUGUCGAGCAUUAUCAGCCACGACCCCAUUUCCUAUCGCGACCGUAGCACAUGGGACCGGUGCAGGGACUACUGGAAACUGCCUUACCCAUAUCUUGACGGCGUGGUAGGGUAUGCGGACCGAAGUGGAUGCACAUAUACAUUGGAGCAUUUUCGAGAAUUCGCCCGACACUACUUCAAUCGAAAGUACCUUCGACUCUUUCCGUAUGAGGACUGCUCGAUAGAGGAUUUGAAGCGCUUCUGCGAGGACCGCAAGCUCGACAUAGCCUACCCUAUUCAGGAGACCGUCAUGGCGACAGAAUACGAGCCUGUCACUGCUACCAUGGUCGUUACACCAAAGUUGAUCAAAAGGUUUGAGCUUUACAGAGCGGACUUCAUUGCUCAGCUCAACACCGACGACGACAACAGAACUUUCCAUGGGUUUGCUAAGUUACCGCCAGAGCUGCGAGUGCACAUAUACACCUGGCUGUUCCUAUCCUAUGGUGAGGAAACAGGUGGGCUUGAGCUGCCCGUCCAACCACCCAUCACUAGAGUUUCCCGACUCCUGCGCAAAGAAAGCCUGCCUGUCUUCUACCAGACCUGCACUUUCCAGCUCAGACUGGAGCACUACGAUACACCGUAUAUCCAUGGAGAGUUCUGUCGUGUCCCGCAGAAGGCCAUCGAUUACUUCACCAGCCUACAACCUCACUACCUCGGCUGGAUACGACGUCUCCACUGCGCGGUCGAGGAGGUUGAUUGGGCUGCAGGAAACCCGCGGCAAGAGCCCUGCGCAGAGCUUAAAGAGAGUGUGCUGGCUGUACAGCGUGUUAUGGAUGAAUUGAUGAACCGGUCGGGAGAGUGCAGGCUCCAAGUCCAGGAUCUGAACGUCAUGGUUCUAGCAUGCCGAGAGCCUAGUCUUGCUCAGAAGGACUAUGGGAUGCAGCUUAUGUUGCUUGAACAGCAGAACAGGAAGAGAUUGCUUAUGGCGCGCCUGGAAAUGGACUCGAGUGCACAGGCGACGGUCAGGCCGGGAAGGCGUCGAAGGCGCAGGAGGGAAGGUUAG